ACAAUAGAUUCUUUAUCAUCAUUCGUUUAUAUAAACACACGAAACUCACAUAUCAUCAAACUCACUCAAAAAAAGAAAUACAGCGAAUUCAAAAAAAAAAAAAAGAUUCUUGCAAGUGAAAGCAGAGAUGGUGAUGGAAGAGAAACUCGUGAUCAACGAACUGGAACAAGGGAGAGAGCUUGCCAAACGUCUGAUGAGCAAUCUCAAAGAUACUUCCUCAAUCGAAUCCAGCAAAAGCUUGAUCUCUGAGAUCCUCAGUAUCUACCAGAAUGCUAUUUCCAUGUUAGACGACAAGAAGGUCCUUAAACGAAGCCGUGAGAUCGAUGACAAAGAUUCUAAGAACGUGAUUAAAAAGAGGAAAGUGUUUGAGAAGAAGACAGAGAAAGUUAGUUUCUUUGUCGGAGCAGGACAAGAAAAGGGUUCAAUUGAUGAUGGUUAUUGCUGGAGAAAGUACGGUCAAAAAGAGAUUCACGGAUCCAUAAACCCUAGAGGAUAUUUCAGAUGCACGCAUCGAUUCACGCAAAACUGUUUAGCAGUGAAGCAAGUCCAAAAAUCCGACAGAGAUCCUUCCAUUUUCGAAGUGAAGUAUGUCGGGAGCCACACUUGUAACAACACUACUACAUCUCCAAAGACACCGAACUUCUCUGUUUCGACGUUCCAGGAAGGAAACACAGCGGAUGAGCAACGAGAAGACAUCAAACCGACGAAAACAGAGGAAGCGAUGAUGAGUUUUGAAGAUCUUGAGAGCAAGAAGAACAUUUUCAGAACGUUUUCUUUCUCUAACUACGAGUUUGAGAAUGGUGGUGGUGGUUGGAAAGGCAACCUCUUCCAUGAGAAUCAGCUGUCUCCUGCUGCGACUACGUCAGGGUCUGGAAUCACUAGCGAGAUUGCAACGGCUCCUGCUUCUGUUGAGAACUCGGAGACUGCAGAUUCGUAUUUCUCGUCUUUGGACAAUAUUAUCGACUUUGGACCGGAUUGGUUGCUGUCGUGUGACGUUUUGAAUUGGUGAAUGUAAUAUUAAUGUGGUAGUAACUAUAUAGAUGGUGACUGGUGAGUGUAAUAUUUAGGAUUAGAUUUAAUAUAUUUGCUGAUGGAUUAGAGAUUGGCUUUUUUUCAAUAGGGGAGGGUUUGUUGAUUCCCAUUGAAGUUUAAUGGUUCUUUAUGAUGAUUAAUAAAUAAAAUGUUACUAUUAAGUUUACAAAUUGAUCAUUUUGGAGUGAUUAAAAUUACAUUGUUUUGUAAACCAAAGAUAUGCAAUUAGAUAGUAAAACAGAUGAUUUACAAAUUAUAUCUUAGGUAGUAUGGGCCUGAGCCCAAUAAGAAAUUAACAGCCCAAUCCCAUAUUAACAGAGAGAGAGAGAGAGAGAAGUCGUUAGAAUCUGGUAGAUAGCCGGAGGAGAGACGCACAACCAAACUUACGAAGAAGAAGAAGAAGGAUGAUAUACCGAAAGUGGAGUUUGCUGUCCGGUCCACCGGUUAUCCUCGGCGGAGCUGUAGUCGCCGCGAUCGCCGUCGGCAUCGUCUUACAGAACGUUACGAAAGGGGAGCAAAAGAAGAAUGUCUCACCAAACAAGUGAGAUCAUGGAUAAUGAGAAGAAGACGCUAGCUACGCAAGUGUGGUGUUAAUCUCGUGAGUUGAAACGUUUUUAGUUCAUGGAGUGUUUGUUGUAAGCUCAAUAAUGCUUUUUGUAAGCUUUUUGAACACACAGAUCAUUUUGUGUCUGUUUUAAGGUUAUUGUUGCUAAUAAUAAUUGAUUGAUAACAA